AUUUAGCUCCGCCCACGGCCGCCGCUGGAAGUGGAAGGCAGACGAUACGAAUACGAGUCAUCAUUUUCACGAAUCACUCCGCGAGUAGUCGGGCGGCCCCACCGCUCAGCGACCCGUCCCCAAACCCACGCCCGCCCGCCAUGGCGCCGCCGGAGCCGGAGGUGUUCGACGUCGUCAUCUUCGGGGCCUCGGGCUUCACCGGCAAGUACGUCAUCCGCGAGGCUCUCAAGUUCCUCAACUCCUCCUCCAACUCCCCGCUCCGCUCCCUCGCGGUCGCCGGCCGCAGCCGGGACCGCGUGGCGGCCGCGCUGCGCUGGGCCGCGGCCCCGGCGCCGCCUCCCGAGGACGUGCCCAUCCUCGUCGCCGACACCUCCGACCCGGCCUCCCUCGCGGCGCUCGCCGCCCGCGCCCGCGUCGUGCUCUCCUGCGCGGGGCCCUUCCGCCUGCACGGCCACGCCGUGGCGGCGGCGUGCGCGGCGGCGGGUGCCGACUGCCUUGACAUCUCCGGGGAGCCCGAGUUCAUGGAGCGCGUCGAGGCCGAGCUCCACGAGCCCGCCGCCAAGACCGGCUCGCUCAUCGUCUCCGCCUGCGGCUUCGACUCCGUCCCCGCCGAGCUCGGCUUCCUGUUCCACUCCAGGCAGUGGGAGCCACCGUCCGCGCUGGUCUCCGUGGAGGCGUACGUGUACCUGCAGUCGUCCAAGAGGAUCGUCGGGAACAUUGGCACCUACGAGUCGGCCGUGCUCGGGGUGGCCAACGCUGGCCAGCUGCAGGCGCUGCGCCGGUCCAGGCCCAGGCCGCCCAAGCCCAAUAUUCCAGGCCCUCCGCCUCCUAAAGGCUCACUGAUUGAGGGUCAGAAUCCUUUGGGAAUGUGGGCUAUGAAGUUGCCUUCCGCUGACACAGUGGUCGUGAAGAGAACUCUAUCAACCUUGACUGAGCAUCCUGAGGGCCUUCCUGGUGCAGAAGAAACCCCAGAGUAUGCUGAACACAGGAAGAAGUUCUGGUCUUCUGUCAAACCUGCCCAUUUCGGCGUGAAGAUCGCCUCCAGAUCCUUGAUGAUGCUCGUGCGCUUCAUCUUCACCGGAAUCUUCAUCGGCCUGUUUGGCAAUUUCUCCUUCGGCAGGUCCCUCCUUCUGAAGUACCCUGAGUUUUUCUCCGCUGGGAUGUUCAGGAGAGCCGGUCCGACUGAGGAAGAGGUGAAGAGCGCCUCGUUCAAGAUGUGGUUUGUCGGGCACGGCUACAGCAACGUGGAUAGGUCGUUGGAGCUCGGAAGAAGCAAGCCGGACAAGGAGGUGAUCACCAAGGUUUCGGGACCUGAGGUUGGUUACAUCACAACUCCGAUCGUGCUGGUGCAGUGCGCCCUCGUCCUGCUGAGCCAGCGUGCCAACCUACCAAAGGGUGGGGUGUACACGCCUGGCACCGUAUUCGGCCCUACCGACCUCCAGCAGCGCCUCCAGGAGAACGGGCUGUCGUUCGAGGUUAACGUGACUAGGACCAUGAGCUGAAGUUCACUGGCUCCAUUCGGUGCUUCCAGUGGAAAAACUUGGGAGAAGGAUGCAACCUGAGCAAUAAGAAGCGCAAAGUAGCGGCUUAACUGUGUAUGUGGUAUAGUCUUACGGAGUCUUACUACCACAGUACCUUCUGAAAUACGUAGUUUCUUAUUCGCAUGCUGUGUUUGUGAUAACUAAUAAUCCGUGUCAUAAUAUCGUGUCCUGUAGAGAGGAUCAUAUGUGUUGAAAUGUGUAAUGCCAGACUCAGCGUGCUAUGUGGAAGAAAAGAUGCUAAUAGUGCCUAGUGCAAUACGUGAGGUCCAAAUUCUGAA